GCAAAAUCGUCGCGGUUCAUCAUGUCCAUCGUUAAAAGCUCAAUUCACUCGAUGUAAAGCCAAGCAGACAACUUGCAGAUCAAGAGCAUGGGAUCCGAAGACAGCAACGGUCCUGAGCUUCGCGCGUGCACGUGCCCUCGCGGAGGUGGCAGCGACAGGGUCGUCCCUCAUCCCUUCCUCAACGUGUCAACUACAACACGACCAUCAAAGCCGUGUUCCUUUGUCCAAAAUCUGUGCCUUAUCACCUGGCGAAGAAGGUAUACAAACAACGUUUCACGGAGCACAAUGCAGUUGUCGCACCCGCUGCUUGAACAAAGAGGCACGCCAUGAAAAGUGUGCACCUUUCAGAACGCAGUAGAGAUAUCUUGUGCCUUUCCCAACUGUGAUGGACGGUCAAUUCCUGACCUGCACUUAUCAUGCCAACAAACGAAGUAACUGUCUGCUCCAGCGCGACUAUGCCCAAAGGUUAUGGGUUUCUAGCUAAAGGCAUACCAUACAAAACGCUGCACUGCCGCAAGCUCACUCGCGACGCAGAUAAAAUAUUGUACGUCGUUGUUGACGCGAAAAAACGACAGCUUGGUUUACGAGUGCCAAAAUUCAUCCUCCGUCAGGUGCACCAGCAGGCCAACGAGACCCUCUCAUCCCGGCGUGCUGCAGUGAAGAAGCGCGACACGUCCUUUAUCCAAGCUGUGGCCUCUGAGGUUGGAGAUAGAUUUCCAAAGAUUCCAGAGGAAGAGAAGGCUGCUUUGUUGAAGCAUGCCUUCAAGAAACAUUCCCGUCGCGUUGGCAGAGCUGGCACAGUGCCACUGCCACGUAAGGUCCUGUUGGCUAUCAUCGCCCAUGUGCGCCAUAGACACACGAAGUACGAUACCUUGUUGGCGCAAGGGAUGGAAAGGACUACAGCAAGGAAGAUCGUCAACAGGAAGAUCGAAAGCGUCAUGCGAGACUGGGGUUAUGUAGAAGACCUUUCCUCCCAUCUCACGCUCGAUCAAGUUACGUCGAGCGGGGAAAGUGAAUACGAGCCAUAGGGUCCCGAAUGCGUAAGCUUGACACGAGCAAGGUACACGACCAGCUUGAAUCUACAUCGAUGCACCUUGCGUAUUGAAUUCUCAUCCGGACUUAGCGGAUCUGAGCAUCUCUGCGUGACGGUGUUCGAUACCUCCGCAAGAUACUGUUAUGGACUUAAGCGUGUCAUUCUGGGCUAAACUCCGUUCGGGGAUAUCGGUGCUU